GUGGAGUUGCUGGACCAGGAGGGUGUGCCCCUCCCAAAGCACCGCGACGUCACUGCAGAUCACCGGACUUACGUUAUCGCCUCCCCGAACCGAGAGUACACCAUCGAGGUCCGGAGCCCCUUCGUGGAUUGCCUGGCGACGGCUUCUGUGGAGGGGCAUCGUGUCCUUUGCAAUGAGGACAGCUUCCUCCCGGUAUGGCGAGGCAAAAGCCGCAGCUUCCAGGGCUUCGAAACGCAGCGAGUGGUGCAGCAGGCGGCGCAAGGCGCAGAAAUGAGUACUACCUACCGCCCCUUCGUCUUCACGGUGCCGGAAGGGCGCGAGGACGCCGAGACGUCGGCUCUUCGAUGUGUCGAGGUGGAGCUCUUUCGAGCUGAGAAGGAGCUGGUUCCAUGGCAGCGCGGGCGCGCCGCCUGCGUGCAGAAUCGGGUGGACAAUCCAACCAGGCCCAUCUUGGCGACCCACGAGCGCAAGAAUUACGAAGUCAGUGGCGAGGAGCCCAUAGCGACCAAGCCAGGGGACCCUGUGACCACGACGUGGCGGGCAGGGGGUGGCUACCUCUGGCAAGGAAACCGAAAGAUGAGGGAGAAGCUCAAGAAGGGAGACUCGAUUGGGCGAAUUGUGAUCCACUACGUCGGCUUCGAUCAGGCGAGCCGACUCAGGCCACUACCGAGAGCUUCGAGGGCAGAUCCGGCGCCGUCGUGGGCUGGCGCUCACGGUGCGGCCCCGGCAGACGAUUCGCUUGGCCCUCGGGUCGUUGUGGAUGUCCCGAACGUUGCGCGCUAUUUCGCUGUUGGCGGCAAAGUUCUCACGAAGCCUGGCGGCCACCAGCUGGAUCACAUUGGUCUCGCGGUGAACGACCUGGAUAAAGGUGUAGCGCGAGUAGCUGAACUCACCGGCGUGCAGCCCAUCGUGCACCCACCGGAGCCGAACGCGCCUUACCAGAGCGCCAGCUUGAAGAUCGGAGAGAAGUCAUUCUUGGAAAUCCUGGGUCCGAACCUGGCGCAUGGCGGCUUACAUCCAUUAAAGUCACUGCUGCGAAGCAUGCCUCCAGAUGAGUUGACUCUUUGGUUCUGGUAUGUUGGGACGGACGACUUCGACAAGUUCGAGUCGAAAGUAGUUGCGGGGGGGCGAUGCAUCGAAAAUAAAGUCGUCCAGGAUGAGCCUGGCAUUAACGACGAGCACUCCACCUAUGUGCGUGGGCAGAUUGGUCCCGGGUUUGACCCGGUGUUCCCAAAUGCCAUCCAGUGGAAGACCCCGCCGAGGACGGAACUGGAUACGGGCAUGCAGAUCUGUCCUCUGAAAGACUUUCGCGUCACAGCCAGUGCCCACGACGUCGUCGGUACAUUCUUCAACGCCACAGGCAUAGACACUUCUAUCCUCAAGCAGAGCGGGGAUGGUAAGUCUUACCUGUCGCUCACGAUUUCAACACCAAAGGGCGAUGUGCAGUUCAAGAGCGAAGCCAAGCAAGUGACGAUGUUAGGAGUGCUUUACACAUGCUUGAUGGAUGUGUUUCGUGGGGCUGCAUGCUGCACUGCGUAG